CAAGAUUGCGGCAAGAAAAGUCGGGCAAGGAGUUAUUUAUGUUAAUAUCCAUGAAAAUUUAAAUGAUUCGGAAGGUUUGGGCCGCGAACUUGCUAGAGCUAUUAAUUUCAAGCAAUGUAUUUCUUUUAUGGGACAGUUGGCACGGAAAAUUAUGGGCCCGGAUAGUAUUCGAUUUGAGGAUUCUAAGUGGGAAAGCGCUCUGAAUGCUUUUGAGCGUGCUGCUGCUGUAUAUAAAAAGAAAUAUAAGAAACUACCGGUUCUUGUAUUUGAUAACAUAAACGUUCUUGAUAAAGUACAUCCAGAAAUUAUCGAUCUUCUUCAAGAUAAUGCUAAAAUGAGUGUAGAUUCUUUAAAAUAUGUUGUAGUAUUCGUCACCAACGAAAGAUCGGUUCUAAAUAGGAUGAAAGAAAGUAGUGCAUGGUCGCGAGCAAGUGAACCAGUAACGGAAAUCGAAGAUUUUACUGAAGGUGAAACUAUAGAUUAUCUGGUCAAUAAGCGUAAGGUAUGUAAUGAUGCAGAAGCAAAGAAGUUACAUGAAUUAAUUGGUGGACGUAUCACGGUAUUGAAUUCUAUGGCGACACGUAUUGAAGACAAAAAAUCUUUCGAAGAUAUCAAACAGAACCUCUUUACAAAAAUCAGUAAGCAAUUUCGUAAAGCAGAAAUCAAUGAGGGACAAUUAUAUCAUGAGAAAGUGAAGCCACUCAUAAAAGCUUUGUUGGAAAAUGAUGAUAAGGGGCUUGAGUAUAAUAUGGCUCUAGAAAUAGUUCAAGACGAUACCAUGUUGGACGAACUUUUAAAAGCAAAUGUACUUGCAUAUCAUCCGGCAAAAGAUACACUCACCUUCCACUCUCGCUCUGUACG